UGUGUGCAGACAACCUGCGCGUAAUUCUGGGAGGACUCUCCGCCGAGCAACGACACAAUAAACACUCACGGAGCCGCAAGAGUUUCCCUCGGUGGAGUAACAGUAAGCACUUAAAUCACGUCACACCAUCCAGGCAGGAGUCCAUCAUCAAUCUGCAGCCAUGUAUCUGAACAGGGAGGAGGAGUACAGCAAAGGCUCCGUCUCUUUGAGCGUGCUGCUGGUGUCGUUGGCGGUAACCGUGUGUGGCGUUUGGCUGGUAGCGCUCUGCGGCGUCUGCGGAUGGUGUCAGCGCAAGCUGGGGAAGAGAAAUAAACCAGGAGUGGAGUCCGUCGGGUCUUCUGAUCCAGAAAGAGGAAGAGGAGAGAAAAAAGCCAUCAAUAGGAAUAUGGGGAAUAAGCCAGUUAACAGUCCUAAGGGUCACCCGCCAGACGCCGACGGCCAUUCCUCAGUGUCUGACCUUGCCAACUCGCUCACUGGAGACAUGGUGAUGUUGUCUCCGGGGUCAGAAGACGACGACCACGAGGGCCCCGUGAGCGAGAAACUGGGCAGGAUUCAGUUCAGCUUGGGCUACAGCUUCCAGGACACGACUCUGACGGUCAAGAUACUCAAAGGUCAAGACCUGCCCGCUAAAGACUUCUCUGGGACGUCCGACCCCUUCGUCAAAAUCUACCUGCUGCCUGACAGAAAGCACAAACUCGAGACCAAAAUCAAGAGGAAAAACCUCAACCCUCACUGGAACGAAACCUUCCUGUUUGAAGGGUUCCCGUAUGAGAAGGUGCGGGAGCGAACGCUGUACCUCCAGGUGCUGGAUUACGAUCGGUUCAGCCGUAACGACCCGAUCGGAGAGGUCUCGAUUCCUUUGAAUAAAGUGGAGCUGGGACAGCUGAAGACGUUCUGGAAGGAUCUCAAACCCUGCAGUGAUGGCAGCGGAAGUCGUGGAGAUCUGCUGUUGUCUCUGUGUUAUAACCCCACUGCCAACACCAUCACUGUUAACAUCAUAAAAGCUCGCAACCUCAAAGCCAUGGACAUCGGGGGCGCCUCAGACCCGUAUGUGAAAGUAUGGCUGAUGCACAAAGACAAGCGAGUGGAGAAGAAGAAGACAGUCACCAUCAAACGCUGCCUGAACCCCGUCUUUAACGAGUCCUUCCCUUUCGACGUGCCCGCACAUGUUCUCCGAGAGACCACCAUCAUCAUCACCGUCAUGGACAAGGAUCGACUGAGCCGCAAUGAUGUCAUUGGAAAGAUCUACUUGUCAUGGAAGAGCGGUCCUGCCGAGGUCAAACACUGGAAGGAUAUGUUGAGCCGGCCACGCACGAACGUGGCACAGUGGCACACCCUCAAAGCCUGAUUCGCCCUCUCCAUUGACCACCCCUUCCCCCCGAGCCCCCUUUGACCCGAAACCCCGUCCUUAUGCACAAGACUAACUUGCUGCCAGACGGCACAACACGGGUACUAUUAGCCAUCCACUCUUGUAACCUUUAACCUAUGAGCUUCUCUCUCCACUUUGGUCUUCGUUUACUCUGGUAACCUGUAGUCCAAAUGCCUGCUUAUUAGUUAAUUACGCCAACGGUUCCUUUGUGCAUUAGCAUCCGUUCUGGACUCUGGGAUAGUCACUAAAUCCAACAAAGCCAUUUAAAGAUGCUCUGAGAGCGUUCCCGCCGCAACUACACGUUACCAGGAUGACGUUUCCUUCCUGUUUUGGUUUUAAAGCCCGAUUCCCCUGUGUUCCUCAGGCUGGAGAGGUCUGACAUCUUUAGGAUGUGUGAAUGCAUCAGCUGGGCCCCGUCCCUCGUCUCAUCAAACCUCGCGUCUAGACCCGGAGGCUCAUGGGAGCUCAUUUGGCAGCCUUUAAAUUGGCCACUGCUGAAACGGAUCGAGUCGCAGGAACUCUGGGAGUUGUAUUUUUCCAGGUCUCAGACGUCCCGUGCGAGUAAUUAAAGCCAUGAGGGCAAACGAGACGCCCUCUUUCCAUUAGCAGCCCCUCCGUUGUUUUAGUCUCCAUUUAUAGUUGUUUUUCUCACAAUCCCUGACCUCUCCAAGCCUUUUUCUGUGUCUUUCCCACUUGACCUGAUUUUCCGUAUCUUUGUUCCUUCCUUCUCUCUCUCUCUCUCUCUCUCUCUCUCUCUAUCUAUCCUCUCUUUUGUCUUCUAAGUAAACAGCUCCGAUUGCUUCAGCUGAAAGCUGCAGACAUUGAAACCUUACGCCAUCUGGAGACUUAAAGACAGCAAAAUUAACUCCAUCCUAGUCUGUUUGGCUUUUUUUCUCUGUGGUUUCUCUUUAUCGCUGGCACAGUAGUAGUGAAGUCCCUCUUUUUCUCGGGAUUCUUUGUCGUCUGUGUGCUGUGAGUGACGUGACGUAUAUCCAACCGAAAUAUCAUAAAAAACACUAACCACCAGGAUGGAAAAAGAAAACGACUUUCUCGAAGGAUCGUUCCAGGUCUUCUGGGAUGGAAUCCGGAUGAAAGAAAAAAAAAAAGUACACGCAUACAAAAAAAAUCUUGAUGUCAUCUUUUUUUCAUCAAAAGGACAUUUGAAGAAACCAAUCAGAAUUGUUCUUCCAGAUUUGCUGUGAAAUAUAGAAGCAAAAAGUUGAUUUUGCGCCCACGUGCGCUGGAUAGUUCUCGCCACACUUUGCUCUAGUGAUGUGUUUCUUUGUGUGUGUAUGUGUGUGUGUGUGUGUGCGCGCAGAUAGGGGCUCAUAUUUUACAGAAACCCUCCAAUUAACGGAAAAACCUGCCUUUACCCGUGUAUGUGUGUGUAUGAGACCGUUUCAGGACGUAGUGGGGAUGAAACUCACGGUAACAUGACCUGGUCACGAUUUAUCCCAAAAGUCAACAGAAAAAAAACACCAAAUUUUAUUUUGAAUAAAGAAAUUUAUUGAAAAAUGUAAAGAAAAUUUAUUGUGAUAUUAUUUUCAUGAACAACACAUUUACCUCCAAAUGCUCAUACUAUAAAUAACUAAUAAUAUAAUAAUAAUAAUAUAUAUACAUAUAUAUAUUUUAUAUAAAUUGGGUAUUAAGUAUAUUUUCAUUUUAAUUUAAUUUCUUCAGUAAUUCUUGAUAUUCUAAGAGUUGAUUCUAAUUAUGUUAAUACAUGUUUUUCUUUCUAAAAAAUGCGUACAUUAAAGCUGUACAAUUAAUAUGGGUGGUGGGUGGUGUUGGCGCAGUGGAUAAGACACAUGCCGUUGGUGUGAGAGACCCGGGUUCGAAUCCACUGUGAGACACCAAUGUGUCCCUGAGCAAGACACUUAACCCCUAGUUGCUCCAGAGGCGUGCGACCUCUGACAUAUAUAUAGCAAUUGUAAGUAGCUUUGGAUAAAAAGCGUCAGCUAAAUGUCAAUGUCUAAUAUUACUGCACACAAUGUAUGAAUAUUUUACUAUUGAAAUAAUCCAUAAUUUUUACAUGGAGAUAAUGAAGUAAAAUGUGCUUAACUGUCAAGAAAAUAAUAUCACAAUUGCCAAAAAGGUUAAUUGGCCUGAAAAAGACAGGCUUUAUUUUCUUUACGCAAAUAUAUAUCUAAUUUCUUUCUUUUGACUGUGAGGUGAAAUAGGACCCAGUCAUGUUCCUGACAGGUUUGGUGAGAUUCACCUAUGUGUGUAUUACAGCAUUAAUGUGUAUCUUCAUCGAUGUUAAAAAUAAUCAAAGUGUGUGAAUAUGCUGCUCUAUUUUCUCAUGGCUUCCUUCCGUCUUAUUAUGAGACACUUUUUCUCUUUCCUCCUCAGAAGAGAGUUGGAGAAUUGUGAGCUGCACUUUUUAAUGGUGUAACACUGAGAAAUAAUAUAGUAAUUGUUAAUACAAUAAUAAAUAGUUUUUGUAUUUUAAGUGAGGAGUGUUUUAAAGAGCAAACGGCGCGUUCGGGGAGACUGGACUAUGCUGGACAGACGAUCUCUCGCUUUCUCUCUCAGUCAAAUGCUUUGUUAUUCUGUAUAUGUGAUUGGUAUGUGUGUGUGUUUGUCAUGAGUGUGUCAUUUAUGCGGCAGGACGAGGCAUGUGUUAGCGUGAGGUGUGGCGUUACCAUGGGGUCACUAUGGGGACGGAGUGAGUGUGCAAUAGUGGAGAGACGCUCAGCUUGAUAUCGAGACACAGAAGCAGAGGACGCCAUCCAAUUUCUCACUCCCGCUCAAGAAUAACUAGUUAUUCUGGGCUGAGACCUUGAACAGGACAGACUGUUUUGCACAUAAAUGUCAUGAGCUAUAAAACGUUUUUUAAAACUCCGUAACAAUAGCAAUAGCAAAACAUGAUCCAGAACAGCCUAAAAUAUAGCAAAAUGCUUCCAUUUAUGGCUGCCAAAUUUGAUGUGAGAUUAAUGCAUGUUUAAUAUUACAUUUAUUUAGUAAAGUUGGGCAUUUUAACAUGGGGGGGUCAAUGGAACUGAGUCUCUAGCAGCCAGUCAGUCAAUUGCAGUUUAUAUCACUUCUGUGUUGGAUUCAAGAGAGAGAUUUCAAUAUUGCACCAUCAUGAGGAUGCACUGUUGUGUAGAGUAAAACAACUUUUAGUGGGAAUUUUGUGCACUGUUCAUUUCUUUAGCUGUUUAAGAUUUAUUAUUGGUGUUAAACAAUAAACUGCAAGUAGAAUAAAAUCACCAGAAAACCUCUUAUUUUCAGCCAUUUGAUUCUAGAAUGAAUGUCCAUGCCGAGGCGUAUCUUUGGCAGAUAGGAGGCAGCUACAAAGCGCGUCUUCCAGACUGUAGUUAAGGGUCCGCAGUACAUCUGCUUUCAGCCGAGAGCCAUCUCAGAUCAGUGGAGCGUUUAAUAGAGCACUCUGAUGUGCUCGAUGUAAUCAGAUAAUAGUACCGCUUAAAUUGUGUUGUGUUUGUGUUCACUCUCCAUAUCCUAGCCUUUAGCGUACACAAAUGUUGUGAUGCAACAUCUGCUGAGUGUGUGCACAUAUGAGCCAAACUUGAGCACUUUGUCAGUGUGUAUGUGUGUGUGCAGGUGCUGUCGGGGUCACCUUGUGUUUUACUUUACCAAUCGAAGCUGGUUGGCCGUCGCAUAUGUGUAUUUGUGCCUGCAUACGUGUGUAAGCAGUGUUUCUGUCGCACUUAUGCUGAUGAUGACUGGAGAAAGUUAAUAUUGAGUCAGUGAAUCCCUCUUUGAGUUCUGAACUGUUUAACGUCUGUGAUGUGUGUCAGACAACAAACAGCAUUCUAACACAUGCUUUUCAAUUAUAUGUUAAGUUAAAGGUGAGGUUUUAUGUACUAUAAGUAAGCCAGUAGUAGUUUGAUUUCCUGAAGAUUGUGAGUCUGUUGUUGUAGCAGCUCGGCAUGUCUACAUCUCGCUCUAGCAAUGGAGUGAGUUUGGGUUACUUUUUUAUUAAGAAUGGAAAACCUUAGUAACCACCAAGAACAAUCAAACACCCACCUAGAAACCAUAAAAACACCCUAACAACAUUACUUAACAAUCUAGCAGUCACCAAGAACAGCUUAGCAACUAUCCAGUUUCCAAAACCAUCGUUAGCUAACUAUGGUCAUUCGUUCCAUUGAACUCUAUUGACAAUGAAGGAACUUGCGACCAUAGUUGGUUUUGGGAAAUGCAGCCCAGAACAGCUGAAUAUCCACCUAGUAACCAUAAAAAACAUCCUAACAACAGUACUCUACACCCUAGCAACCACCAAGAACAGCUUUGCAACUAUCUAGAACAGCCGAAUAUUCACCUAGAAACCACCCAAAGCACCCUUACCACCAUUUGUAACAAGAACACCUUAGCAUCCAACUAGAAAUUACCCAAACACCAAAACAACCAAGAACAGCCUAGAAUCCAUCUAGCAACUGCUCAGAACACCCUAGCAACCAUCUAAAACAGCCUGUCAUCAACCUAGAAAUGAACCAGAACACCUAGCAACCACUUAAAACAUCAAAGCAACUUUCCAGAACAGCCUAACAUCAACUUGGAAACCACACAGAAUAUGCUAAGUCAUCCCAAACACCCUAACAAGGUCCAAAAUCAAGCUAAAAUCCACCUAGAAACAACUCAGAAACCAUCCAAAACACCCUAACAGCGAACCUUAACACCACGGCAACAUCCACUCAGAACACCCUAGCAACCAUCCAGAACAGCCACAUAGAAACCACCCACAAUACCCUAACAACCAUGCUCAACACCCUAGCAACCCACAAGAAAAGCUUAGCACCACUCAGAAAUGACCCACGAGACCUUAGCAAUAAUCCAAAACGUACUUAAAACAACCUACAACCAUCCAGAACAGCCUAACAUCCACCUAGGAACCAAACAGAACACCCUAGCAACCGCGACUAGUCCAUUUAGGACUACCGAGCAUCAUGGCAGUAUGUUUCAUGCUUGCAAAAACUUUUUUAUUUGAUUUUGUUUUUCAGUUUCAUUUGGUGCUGAUAGCAGUACACAAAUGACACUUGAUCUGUUGUAAAACUCAUCGUUUGUUUAAUAAUUCCAGAAUUAUUCCAGGACUUGCUGCAGGACAAACAUGUUUACGUGGCACAGUUGAGCUUUAUUUAGUUAUUCUCAUAAGACUCAGUCAGCAGUCUGAAGUUUGUGUGUGAUGGUCACUGACCCGUGCUGACCAGCACCUUUACUCUGCUGUGUGUGUGUGUGCUCUUGUUUUUGUGAAAUAUCAGGACACAACUCUGUAUAAUGACAUGGGUAUGACAGGUAUUACAAAGAGAGGGUGACUUAUGAGGACUUAACCCAUGUCCCCAUUUUUCAAAAUGCUUAUAAACGUGUGUGUGUGUGUGUGUGCGCGCACAUGCACUUGCAUUCACCUGUGUGUGUCUGUGUGUGUGUGUGUGUGUGUACUAUAGAGCAGUAUGAUUGUUUUGGCAGUCAGUGUCACUGUGAAUUAUUUUCUGCUUGGACCUUUUGGGGUAAACUGAGCUAAAGUUCUCUCUCUCACACACACACACACACACACACACACACACACAUACACAGGCUUGUCCAAAGCAUCGCAAACACAUGCAAUUGUUUUACAGCUCAUUAACCAGCAACAAUAAUUUCAGUUCUUCAUUUUACCAAAUUACUGAUUUAAAAAAAACGAUUUUUCCACAUGCCUUAACACGUCACGCAUUUCCCACACACACACAGCGGCAGUUUCCGUUUUCUCUCCUACACACACACACAACAUUAUCAGAAAAACAAAUUCACAGGCGAAUGCCAUACAUCAGUCACUCCUCUGGUCCAAUUAGCUGCUCCUCAGAAAUGAGAGUGAAAAAGAAAAAGAAUAAAAAAUGAUUUAAGUGCAUGUUUGCAGUGGGUUGCAUCAUGUAGGUCUCAGUUGGAGGAGUUCGAUUGAGCAGCUGUUAAACUGCACAUUUUAUUGCUCAGCAGUUGCUCAUCGCUCAGUUCUCAAUUAUUGGCAAUUUUUUUUUUUAUCAAGAAUCAAAGAUGUUUCACCUUAAUAUUACUUUGGAGAGAAAAAAACACAAAUCAGAAUUCAUAUUAAAGCAUAGAGCUAUAAAAUGAAUGUGGACAGAAGCUCAGAUCAUUCGCUCUUGGGAGAAUAGUAUGAGAAAUGUUUGAGCUCAUAAUGAGAUCUGGGACUUUUUGCUCGCAACAGACUUUAAGAGCUCAUUUUGAGAGUUCACUGAGAUCUGAGAGCUGACAACUGCUGUAAGAGAUGCAUGUGCAAUAACUGGGGAUAUUUUCUCAGAAAGAUCAGCAUGAAAUCUCCAUUUAAUCUCAUUUCUUAGAAAUAAUUGAGAUUAUAAGGAUAAUAAGGAGAGAGGUUUUUGGGAUUGUAGCUCUAGAAAAGAUGUUUAGUGGAGAUCAGAAUUCUCUCAUCUGAUCCGUGGAGGUGUAGAAACUUUCCAUGUCUCUCUCUCUGUUAUUAGAAGGGCUUGACUAGAGCGGGUUUGGUUCCUAUGGUGUGUGUGAUGGUCAAUCAUAGGAUGAUUGUGACAUAUUCCGGCUCUUCUGACAGAUUGCUGUCCAAAUUGUGUCUGUCAGUUUCUGAAUCUCUCUCUCUUUAUCUGUCUCACUCACUUCAGCUCUGUCAUUCACAGCUCCAGCUCCCCGUGCGCUUCUUUUUAUUGGUUUGAAGAGCUGUCCGUCAUGAAGCGUGACUCCUCCCUGUCAGGGUUUUAGUGCGACUUCUUCUGAAUGACGCUAAAAAUGACGCUACAAGUAAUAAUUCUUCUCUUUCUGUUUCUGUUGGACUCUGUGCGUCUGUAUGUGUGUGCGUGCUCUGUGUUUUCCGUUAUUCUUGAUCGUAAAUGUUGAUGAUAAAUAGGAGAAGUCUCCUGAUUUCAUGUUUUGAAAAACUUUUUUUUGUAAAUAACUGAGCAAAAAUGGUUUCUGUUCGUCAGUUGUACUUAAAACAGAUAUUCUUGAUGAACCAUGUGUUGACGAUGUGCCCGAUUGCCCUUCUUGAAUGAGGGUUUUUCCACAUGUCAUAUUUUUGCUGAGGUUGAGGGGGAAUGAAGGAGCAAGAAAGCGACUGCCAAUCAUCUAUGACAUCACACUGCCAAACCCAACCCAUAAUUUACCCACAAUCCACCAGACACCCUCCAGACCUGUGAUGUAUCUCUUCUAAUUGAAAGCAUUAACACCUCAAAGAGGUGAAAUCAUAGCCAAUCAGAACAUAUUUGAUGUUAAAUAAUAAAAUAAGUAUCACUAUUUUGAACCAAAGAGAUUUCACUGUGGGUGGAGCUAGAUAGUGGAAUGCAAUAACAGAAACCGAGCAACAAACCUCAAAUUAAACGAGUGUUCUUGAAUAAUAGCAUUGUGUUAACAGUAAAAUUAAAUCAUCCCUCAAGUUUGUAAAACCAAACUAAUUUUUUGACAGAUACAAAAAUAUUACAAAAUGUAUGCAUUUCUAUAAAUGUGUAUUUUUGAAGAAGGCAAAAUUAUAGUCUGUGGUAAUCAAUGACAUGUAUUUUAAAUAGUAUUUUUAGCAUAGGAGAGCUUGGUUGUUUGUCAUUUUAUUUUACACAUCUGGUUGUCCAAAUAAUGAUGAAAAUAGAAGUUGAAAAAGUUUGUGUUGAAAAUAAGCUUUAAAAACUAGUAUAACACACAUAGUCACUCUCUGUUGAGUUUCAUAACGCCACCACGUUGUUUCAGUUUGAUGCAGGUUGCAUCUGUUUUCCAAUAUUAGCGCAGCUAUCGCACAGAGCUGCGUCAAAACGGCAUGACGACAGCCAGCUGAGACAGAUCCACGCUCACAGCGGUCCAGCAUGUGUAGAACAAGCACACACAGCCUCUCUGCGUCCCAUAUGCUGCUGCAUGGUUUGUUUGGCAGGAACUGUCGAUAUCUGCCGCCCCAUCUCUCCCUACACAGAAAAUUACAGCCAAAACCCUGAAAACUGAAGCCCUCUGGCCAAUUCCAAUUCAAAUCCUGAUGAGAUGCUCGUAUGUUACUUGCUAAGGCAAGCAUCAUCACUUUUGCUCAAACUUAAGGUUGGUUAUUUGAUGUGCAUGUGCAUGAUCACUCACCCGAUUUUAAGAUUUCCAGCUGUACCAUAACAACUAAAUAUAUGUUGAGGUCCCUGACCAUAUUUUGACACAAGAAUAUCAUAGAGACUUUAGAAACCACUAAAAAUUAUCAGGCCAACUCCAGUCGCAAGUUUUUCACAAGCAUUAGAAAUCCAGUUACAUCACAUUCUAAUAAUCUAAACCCAAUAAUAUCGUUUUCACUCAUGCUCAGCACUUUGAGUUUAAUGCACAUCGCAGCCUUGAAGCCACUUCUGUUACACAACACACAUUUUAAUUAUGAGGUUUUACCACGUUGAUUAUGUUAGAUGGGGGAGUGCUGACCGAUAAAAGACGGCUCUAGUAAUGAAACUCUCACAGACUCCAAUAAAACAAGCAUUUGUUCUGAAUAGACGAAGAAUAAUAUUUUUCCCUUCUGGAGGGCUAACAUGCUUCUUGCUCACUUUCAUUCCCCCAAUACACCUCACUGGUGAAGAAUGCUUAAAGUCUCAACAUGCUUGAUGUGUACAAUCUGACUCAAUGUAUUUAUUCAUGUAUUUUUCUGCAAACUUUGUACAGUGUAAAAAAAAGCAACCUAUAAAUAUAUGAAGAAUAACAGUACUGUAUAGAUUAGCUGCCUGUGAGCGACUCACAGAAUAGUUUGGAUAGAGGUUAACAGCAUAGACGCGAUCUAAGCCAGUAAAACAUGCUUGCUGUAAAUGCAGAGAUGCCACAAGUUUUUAUAUCCUUGCUUUCUUUCCUUGUUGUCAUUUGUUUCUUUCAAUGUUUUUUGUAAUUGACCUAGUGGCAUCUUACAACGUGAGUUGUUUCCUUUCUAUUGGUUGUUCGUAUGUUGUUUGUUGAUGAACACAGCGAGGUUCAGGCACCCGGGAGAGUGCUUGGGAACGCAGAUCGGUUGACCAAGGUUUUGCAUCCAUCUUCCCCAUGUGAUCAUAAGUCACAACUUAGUGUAGGAUCUUUCUCACAUGCCUAAGAUGUCUGGAUGUUAAACCACUCGUAGUUUACAACCACAUUUUGUUUUUGUUCUACAUUGUUCUAUGACUACAUGUUUCAAGUUUCCCUUCCCCUAUUUUCAAAUAUUUCACGAACUGAGGCAAUGAUAACAGAAGUUGACUAGCCUAUUGUUUAGUUGUAAUCUGUGCUUGUCUUCAGUGUUUGUUUAUUUGUGAGACACUAUAUAGUUUUGUGCGAUGAAGCAUUAAAGCUGGACUGUGUUUCAGAUGCCUCACUCUUCUUAAAGCUCAUCUGUUGAUUUCAUACUUGUUAAAAAACUUCAAACAUUCCAUGAACUCUUGGACAGAAAGCCACUGUAGUGUUUUAAAAAUGUGCACUCUUAAAAGUAAAAGUUUUAUAUUGGUGUUAAUGGUUCCAUGAAGAACUUUCCAUUCCACAAAAGGUUCUUUGUAGUGAAAAAUGGCUUGUAAAUUUAAAAAAUGUUCCUCACACUAAGGAAAAGUAAUUUUAAGAACUGUUGACUGAAACUGUUCACUUGUUGUUCUAUGGCAUCAUGGUUCCACGAGGUACUCCUUUUGGAACGUUUAUUUUUAAAAGUGUAGCGCACAGGUUUACAACAUCCAGUUGGGUUUGCUGAUCAUACCAUGAUCACUACUCCUGAAAAUGCUCCUGGUGUUGUGUCUACACCCUUUAACAGGGUAUAAUAGGAAGUUUGUGACCCAUCAUGCUUUUUCCCCAUUCACUCAGAGCUGGUGAAUUUUGGUGAAUUUGUUCCUGUAGUUGGCAGUAACGAUUUUAUUUUUUUCAGGGGGCUGUGGCUUGAGCUUGAGGCGUCUGUGACAUUUGUCCAGUGGCGUGAUAGUAAAGCGUUCCCAAAUUUGAGCCUCUCCUGUUUUUUUGGCCGAGCGGACUGUGAUCUUAUUGAUUGAAUUUCUCUUUUUCGUUUUCCUGUCCCACCCAAACCCUUCCAUGUGACUGGAUGUGAGGGUGGGCGGAGCUAAGGAGCACAGUUCUUACUAUGUUCCAUAAUAAAAUAGACUAAAUCAUUUGUA